GGUUUAUCACGCCCAGUGAUCAUGAGCUUUCGAUACGCAUUUGGAAUUCUUUGACGCCUCUCUCCGACUGGUUCUCGAUCUCGCUUGUCUGACGACCUUUCGUCAUAGUCUGCUAGUUUCCCCUUAAAGCCUCCCCACCUCGCAAUUUGGACCGGAUUUCCAUAACAGUAAAGUAUAAACAACACAGCAUUAUUACUCAAUAAUACCUCUCAGCAUGUCGGUAACGACCUCAAGACCGUCGCCACGGUCGUCUCUCGAUUUUCCAGUUCACAGCCCGCAUUCCCAAGUACGCUCACAGCAUCCUCUUCCUGCCAUACAAACAUCUUAUACCUCAACGGCCGCGCCACCUCCGUCAGCUGCGCCUACUUCAGGAACAAAACAGGGUCCGAAGCAGGGGAAUCCUAACCCCCCAAGUCCCGCCGGCUAUUUUGGGUUGGUUCUAGAUCCUGCCGAGGGUCAGCACGCUAAAAACAAUUGGUCGUCUUCUGGAUCUUCUGUUCGUUCGACAGCUGCCAGGUCUCCGCGUCCGGUUCAAUUCGACCACCUAUCUACACCGUUCCAGAUGCAAUCAGAAGCAAUCGUUCUUAGCCUUAAGCAUCCGAACGGCCGCAUUGCAUCGGAGCCUGAGCAUUUGUCGAGGGAAAUCACCGAAGGGGAAAAGAUUGGAUUUCCACUGGGAUCAUAUCCAUCUCCAGAAUUAUUGCACCAUAUGCAGAGGGAACGUCUUGGAGCCAUGAUACCGGGAUCAAGCUUUUUGAACGGUGCGAGAACCGCUUCUCUAACUGCGUUGGGCAGCGUUCGAGAAACAUGUUCCCGUUCGGAUGAUAACCCCCCUCGGCUUUCCUUCCCCUCAUCUCCAUCGUCUCCAAAUAAGGCGUCUCAGGAUUCUAUAGCACAAAGGAUUAAGAGCCAAGCUCAGGGGCGAUCUUCCACGUCACCGACCCCCCCAAAGGAAGGGGACCCAGUCCUGUUAUCUACGUCGCAUCUGGUGGAACUUUUGAACGCCAACACUUCGAACCUUCUAUUACUCGAUGUUCGAACCUAUAAUUUGUACGCCGAGUCUCGCAUCGAGAGAGCUGUCAAUCUAUGUAUUCCUACAACUCUUCUCAAAAGGCCCUCGUUCAAUGUCACUAAGCUAUCGGAAACGUUUGCAAAAGAUGAGGAUAAAGAAAAGUUUGCCACAUGGAAGGAUAUGAAAUACAUUGUGGUGUAUGAUACCGAUCUCAAGGAUCUCAAGGACCCGUCGACAAUGACAUCCUUGCAUACUCUCAACAAGUUUGUGCGGGAGGGGUGGAAGGGGCAGGCAUACGUUCUUAAAGGCGGCUUCAACGAGUUUUUCUCAAAAUACCCAGAAAAGGUGGACGAAAAUCGUCUUGCCCAGACAUUAUCCCCUACGAAUUUAUCCUUGCCAAGUCAGCUGCCGGCUCCUGGAAAGCGGGCUCCCGGGGCUCUUUACUGUCCCAUGCCUACUUCUCAAAAGUCCGUGGUCAAUCCAUUUUUCUCGAAUAUCAGGCAAAACAUGGACUUGAUCGGAGGUGUUGGAGAGGUUCCUGUUACUCUACCUCAAAAUAUUGGAUCCGAAGGGAUCGCCACAUUGCCCACCUGGCUCAAGAAAGUUGUCUGUGAGGAAGGCGGCUCUAAAAUUGUGGCAGACCGGUUCCUUCGCUUGGAGGAGGCGGAGAGAGAAAGAAUGCAGGAGGCUUUGAAUAUCUCAGUGGUCUAUGACUCCCCUACAUCGACCGCUGUGAAGCCACACACCUUGGCCGGGGUUGAAAAAGGAACUAAGAAUAGGUAUAAUAAUAUUUGGCCAUACGACCAUGCUAGAGUUAGGCUACUCGAUUAUCCCCAGGAUGAGUGCGACUAUGUAAAUGCUAGUCAUGUAUCAGCCCAAUAUGCACCGAAAAGGUAUAUCGCUUCUCAGGCCCCGCUACCGACGACCUUUAGGGAUUUCUGGAGUAUGGUUUGGGAACAGGAUGUACGAGUGAUUGUUAUGUUGACGGCCGAGGAGGAAGGUGGCCAAGUCAAAAGUCAUAAAUAUUGGGAACCAAAAAAUUAUGGUCCAUUAAAGCUCACAUCCCUAUCGGAACGUCGUGUCUCACUUGAUCCAUCGUUUUUAAAAACAAGCCCAAAGAGGCGAUCUGUUGGAACGGCCUUGAACGGACCUGCUUCACCUGACCUUAACGUGCCAUUUAUUCUGGUUCGCAAGUUUACACUUGAACACGUCGAACAUCCCUUUUCUCCCAUGCGCGAGAUCACUCAGCUUCAGUAUUCAUCGUGGCCAGACUUUGGGGCACCUGCCCAUCCUGCUCACAUUCUUGGACUUAUUGAACACACCGAUGCUGUUGUCAGGUCCUCGCAGCCGACGACCAACUCCCCCUUCUCCGCAGAAUCUGCUGCAGCUGCUCAACGUAGGCCUAUCCUUGUGCAUUGCAGUGCCGGUUGUGGCCGCACAGGAACAUUCUGUGCGGUAGAUUCAGUGCUUAGUCUAUUGCGGCGUCAACGCUUGCAAAAGAAGAGAAAUAAGGAAGAGAGUUCUUCUGGGGGUUCCGAUGGGGAGGGGCAGGUUGGGAUGAGGAAACUAGAGCUUAACGAUGAGGGCGACAAUGCUUGGCUGGAUCGCGACGACGAGGACUUGAUCUGCAAGGUCGUUGGUGACUUCCGUGACCAAAGGCUAUCAAUGGUGCAGAGCUUGAGACAGUUUGUACUGUGCUACGAGACUGUCCUGGAGUGGUUCGCAAGGCAGAGCCCCCUGGAUUCUGGGAAACGGAAGGCGUAGGUUUUUCUCUUGGGCUGGUUUGUUUGUGUUUUGGUGUACAUUGGCGGGUUUGCAUUGCAAAAAAUUGGGCAUUUUUCGUUGAGACGAUUGGUUCUUUUUACACAGUUGCGGAGGAGGAUGUAUAAUCCUCGUCUUCGGUUUUCCGUUUACGAAUACAGUUCUUUUUCUUUUUGGCGACGGCGUUGUUUAAUACAAGUUUCUUUAUGCUUCCUAUACCAUCUCCCUUGUAGUGGGAAUUCUGACCUGGUGGCAUCCCUGGGUUCUCGCAUCUUGUGUUCAUGGUUUCCGCUAUUGUUUUCUAUUAUAUACCUUCCUCUUUACGUACCCAUGGAUCGAAAAAAGUUGCUCAUGCUACUCCUGAUUCUUGAAGGAUGUGAAUUCCGGCGAGAACAUACUAUUAUGCCUAUUGACUGUCUGAUAUUUUUUUUGCUCGUAUCUCGAUACCACUUUUGUGUCAUGACAACUUCAAGUCAUCCAAUAUCAUGCA